CGGGCGGAGCCGAAAACCAAACAAACGACUUCUGAGAGAUUGGGGGCGGGACUGACGGCGGCCGGCUUAGCUUCCAGAGCCAAGGCCUUCCGCCGAGUUGGUUUUUGGGUUGUUGAUCGCGGUGGCCGGGCGGUCUGCGGUCGGGCUGAGACGCGCGGAGCAAUGGCGACCUUUGUGAGCGAGCUGGAGGCGGCCAAGAAGAACUUGAGCGAGGCCCUGGGGGACAACGUGAAACAAUACUGGGCUAACCUAAAGCUGUGGUUCAAGCAGAAGAUCAGCAAAGAGGAGUUUGACCUUGAAGCUCAUAGACUUCUCACACAGGAUAACGUCCAUUCUCACAAUGAUUUCCUCCUGGCCAUUCUCACGCGUUGUCAGAUUUUGGUUUCUACACCAGACGGUGCUGGAUCUUUGCCCUGGCCGGGUGGUUCCGCAGCAAAACCUGGAAAACCCAAGGGAAAGAAAAAGCUUUCUUCUGUUCGUCAGAAAUUUGAUCAUAGAUUCCAGCCUCAAAAUCCUCUCUCAGGAGCCCAGCAAUUUGUGGCAAAGGAUCCCCAAGAUGAUGACGACUUGAAACUUUGUUCUCACACAAUGAUGCUUCCCACUCGAGGCCAGCUUGAAGGGAGAAUGAUAGUGACUGCUUAUGAGCAUGGGCUGGACAAUGUCACCGAGGAAGCUGUUUCAGCUGUUGUCUAUGCUGUGGAGAAUCACCUUAAAGAUAUACUGACGUCAGUUGUGUCAAGAAGGAAAGCUUAUCGGUUACGAGAUGGUCAUUUUAAAUAUGCCUUUGGCAGUAACGUGACCCCGCAGCCAUACCUGAAGAAUAGUGUAGUAGCUUACAACAACUUAAUAGAAAGCCCUCCAGCUUUUACUGCUCCCUGUGCUGGUCAGAAUCCAGCUUCUCACCCACCCCCUGAUGAUGCUGAGCAGCAGGCUGCACUCCUGCUGGCGUGCUCCGGAGACACUCUACCUGCAUCUUUGCCUCCGGUGAACAUGUACGACCUUUUUGAAGCUUUGCAGGUACACAGGGAAGUCAUCCCUACACAUACUGUCUAUGCCCUUAACAUUGAAAGGAUCAUCACGAAACUCUGGCAUCCAAAUCAUGAAGAGCUGCAGCAAGACAAAGUUCACCGCCAGCGCUUGGCAGCCAAGGAGGGGCUUUUGCUGUGCUAAAUUAGGAUUUGAGGGUGUGGGACCUUCACCAAAUUCAUUGAUUACUGAAAAUUGAAUGUUUUUUGGGUCCACAUUUCAAGGCUGAAGUGUAUAGUGUAUAUAUAACCUUUCCUAUGGAAAUGUGACAUUGAGUACAUUUUGUGUCGCUAUUGUGAAGCCAUUAAUAUAAAUCUUUGGUAAUGACCCAUAUCUCUGUAUUAUGUGUUCCCAGUUGUGGGAGCAGGCGCUAAUGAAAUCCUGUGCCUGGAAUGGAGAUAUUUAGGUACCUGAGGCUUAGUGUCCUGUGGUCUGCAUGUAAGACAAAUGACAUCCUAGAACAAAGAAGCUGUUGUAACUUAAUCCCCGAUCAGCAGGAUAUCUGUGUGUUCAGUGACAUCAUACAUUCUGUAUCUGGAAGUCUAAAAUUUCUGCCUUUCUCCUAAAGAAUGUGUUCUUGCAUUUUGGUUGAAAUAACCUACACAGUGUUAAAAAUCAGAUACCUCCUUUAGUGACCAGUUGAAAUUUUAAUAGCGAUAGGUAGCCCCUGAGAAAUUUAUCACUAUAACUCCACAGGAAAUACGACUUGGAAGUGCUCUGUGUACUAAACAAAAUAAAGCCCCUCUUUGCAUUUAAAACCAAAGUCAAAACAAAACUCAUGUAAUGCAAUUAAUUAACUUUGUCUUCCCAUGACUCGUUUUGUUAAAUAUGCCCAAAAACUUAGAUUGGCAGUUUCUUCAGUUAAUUAUUCCUAUAGAAUGUAUUUUAAGAAAUCUAUACAAAUUGGAUAUAUGCUUGGUAAUUCCCCAGUUUCUAGGAGGUACCUGUUUCUACCGUUUCAAGUGAUAAAGUGAAAAUAAUUUACAUUCGAUAGCGUUAGAUAACAAACCUACUUUUUUUAAAGAGAUAUGUUGCUUUUCACUUAAGGGAUAGUGUUGAUAGAUAAAUUAGAAUGUAUAGAUAGGUUUGUGAAAGUCUAAAUAAUGGCUGUAUAGAUAUGUAUAUAUGGUUCACAUAUCUGGAUCUGUGUAUUUGAUUUUGUACUUUAAAUGUGACAAAUAAACCUUUUGGGAGAAAA